CGAAUUGUCUUCAAGUUGCUGCCCCGCCCUGGAACCAAAGCUUUUCUUAAGACCAUCCUAUCCUACUGACCUCACGUCUAUCAUACAUGUAUCAUACAUUCUUUUGGAUCGCGAAUGACACCGUUCGCAUGGCUCGAAGGAAAUAUUGAAGCCAAGAACCGAGGCCGAAGUACCCGGGAAUGCGCACAGGGACGACUCCCCCAUGGCCCGGCUCUCAGAUUUAAUUCGAGAUUCGAAGCUCGAGACGCACUUUGAACCUCACAGCAGCGUCGAGACGGUCCAUACCUACAAUACGCCCGACCCAACAUCGCGUCGACGCCUCGUGCGCAGAUCCGAGCAUUGGAAGCGGCAGAACAAGAUUGGAGGGGGUAGCUAUGGCAGUGUCUGGCUGGAGAAAUGCACCAAGGGCUAUCGCGACGUGCAAGUUCGGGCGAUAAAGCAGCUUGAAAAACAUGAACAAUUUGCUCACAUAGAUUAUACCCGAGAACUAGAAGCCAUUGCCAAGUUCUCGCAUGCAAAGUAUGAGCGGUGUUUUGUCAAGUCGUUUGGAUGGUAUGAAAGCCCAGAGCAUCUGUUUAUCGCGAUGGAAUACCUGGACCUGGGCGAUCUCCACACCUAUCUGUAUCGCAACCCAGCAUUGUUGGAACACGACGCGAGGGAAGUGACCUAUCAGAUUCUGGAUGGCCUUAACCUGAUGCAUGAGAACGAGUUUUGCCAUCGAGAUUUGAAACCAAGUAAUAUUUUGUUAAAGUCGUGUCCACCAGAUGAGUGGUGGGUCAAGAUAGCGGACUUUGGCAUCAGCAAACGCACAGAAGAAGGUCUUGGUCUGUCCACCACUGUCAAAGGCACACUCGGAUACAUAGCACCCGAAGUCUACGGAUUCACUGAGCGUGGUAGUCCCUAUGCGGUAGACAUCUGGGCUGUCGGGGAAAUCGCAUUCCAAAUGCUGACAAAGAAGUCUAGCUUUAAACAUAUCGGAAUUCUGUCGAGAUAUGUGAGCAAGCCAGAGAUAUUUCCCUCUCAACUUCUUCUAGAUGUCCCGGUUACUCAGCUUGGCGUGGACUUUAUUCUCUCAUUAAUGAAUCCAAACCCGGGUGAGCGAGUCACGGCCGCAGAGGCGCUGCAAAACGAGUGGAUGGAGCAAUCUUUACCGAACGAUGGGCAGGAUUCGUCGGCAGCAGAGCCCGCACACGAAGCAAACUCUGUGCCCACAAACGAGCCGGUCAUUGAGGGUAUGGGGACCUGGAAUACUGCCCAUGAAGUAACAUGGGAUACUUCGACUAUCAAGCCAGCCACAAAAAUAUCCGAAGUGCCAGUUCCUGAUACCUCUACUAUCAGGCGGAAAAGCUUACCAAAGACGACCACGCCAGCGGGGCUCGAAAGGUCUACAACACCCCUUGUCCAGAACUUCAACGAUGAUCUGGGGAGACUGCAACUUCAAAGUACUCCAGAUCCAGCUUCGUCCAGAAGUGUUGAAAGCAGCCACUCAGAUACUGUGAGCAAGUCAUUUACAUCUACGGAAGUUAAUGAAUCCAUCACACCGACUCUAUCGCCCACCAGUUCUGAAAUAACAAAAGCACAGCCUUACACAAUUGAAAGGAGCCAUUCAGAGGCUACAGGCCAUUCAUCCACAUCUAUUGAAGAAGUGACAUUUGAUGAUAUCAUCACACCGAGUCAAUCGCCCUCCGGUUCUGAAACGACAAAAUCCACACCACCACCGAAAAGAUCUCUGUGGUCGCGGCUAAAGAGAAAUAUGAGAAGAGGGAAAGAUGAAGAAGCCAUAAUAGAAAAUGGCGUUUUCGGCGUUCCCCUUAGUGCCAGCAUACGGCAUGCUAAUGUGGCUAUUUCUCUGACGAACGACGACGGUGAAUCCUUCAUCUACGGCUAUGUGCCGAUCGUAGUCGCCAAGUGUGGUGUAUUCCUUAAGGAAAAAGGGACAUCAGUAAAGGGUCUUUUUGAAACCGAAGUAUCUACAACACGAGUCCAAGAACUCCAAUUCAAGUUCGAUAAUCCAGUUACAAAGUACGGUAAAGGCCUUAACUGGACAGGCUAUACUGUACAUGAGGCCGCCUGGGUGCUCUUGACCUAUUUGAAAAGGCUGCCCGAGUCGGUGAUCAUUUUGGAAUUCUACGAAAGAUUCCGCGACCCAAUUCGGUCUUAUCAGAUGUUUCAAAGCCAGGGUAUUCCUGAAACCUAUACGACGACGAUCGUCACUUAUCAAAAUCUCAUUGCGGAGCUUCCUCCUAUAAACAAACAUUUGUUGCUAUAUCUCCUCGACGUUCUAGCCGUUUUUGCCUCCAACUCUGACGAGAAUGGUCUGAACCCUUUAAAAAUCUCUACAAUUUUCCAGAUGGCAAUACUCUAUCAUCCUCAGCAUCUCUUCAUCGCGGCGGAAAAUGAUCUGUGCCGAGAUGUAUUGACCUUUCUCAUUGAGAAUCAAGAUCACUUCCUGUUUGGAAUCGAGAAUCAGUCUCAAGUCCAAUCCCAAGAGGAACCCGAAGUUCAGAACAACAGGUCUCGCGCAGCUUCUAUAUAAUAUCAACUGGUAUCAAUCUGUGCAUAGGCUGUGACGGUUUUAUACGACUCCUAUUCGAAGCCUACGCGGGAGCCGCACCAGCAUGCCGAAUGCGGUAACCCCACACCCUAGAGCGAGCCCUAUCCUAUUGGGGGUGAAUUGGGAAGAGCUCACUUGAGGCACACAGCACUAUAAACCGUAGCUAGAUCUGUAGAUUGCUUCUAGUUCUUUUUUAUCUUUUUAAGCUUGGUUUUCUCGGAGCAAGGUGCAAUAUUAAUCGAUCAGUGUUUGACGACCUUAAUAAAGACCGCCCUCCACUUUUGCUAGCUGUUCAAUGUUGAUAUUAACAUAUUUUCCAACUCAGAACAACUAUCAAUUGUGAGGGACGUCUUUUGCAGCAAAUGAAGC